CGGCUGUCCAGAAUCCCCGGCUGAGGUCCGAGAUGUCGGAGAGGGGAGCUGGGGCGAGCGGGGGCUCCCCGCAGGCCAGCACGGUGACUAUCAGUGACGUCCAGGAGCUGAUAAAGCGCAAGGAGGAAAUCGAAGCGCAGAUUAAAGCCAACUAUGAUGUGCUGGAGAGCCAAAAAGGCGUUGGAAUGAACGAGCCACUGGUGGACCGCGAGGGCUACCCCCGGUCAGAUGUGGACGUGUACCAAGUGCGCGCCGCCAGGCACAACAUCGUCUGCUUGCAGAACGAUCACAAGGCGGUGAUGAAGCAGGUGGAGGAGGCCCUGCACCAGCUGCACGCCCGGGACAAGGAGAAGCAGGCCCGGGACAUGGCUGAGGCCCACCAGGAGGCCAUGAGCCGUGGCCUGGGCCAGAGCGAGGGCCUCAGCCCUGCUCAGGCCUUUGCCAAAGUGAACAGCAUCAGCCCCGGCUCCCCCGCCAGCAUCGCAGGUCUGCAAGUGGAUGAUGAGAUUGUGGAGUUCGGCUCCGUCAACAUCCAGAACUUCCAGUCGCUGCAGAACAUUGGCAGCGUGGUGCAGCACAGCGAGGGGAAAGCCCUGAAUGUGGCGGUGAUCCGCAGAGGGGAGAAGCUUCAGCUGAGACUUGUCCCGGCACGCUGGGCGGGCAGAGGACUGCUGGGCUGCAACAUUAUUCCUAUGCAAAGAUGACUGUCCGGGGGAACAGUAGCAGGAAAGCAUCUCCGGUUGCCCUGGACUUGGGUCGGGGUGGGGCGGGGGGAGGCAGAAUUUCUUCCUCCUCUUCUCUCCCUGAAGUUUAAGGAUCUGGAAGAGGCUGGAAGCCCGAACUCCUAGGUGGUGGCCUCUGAGUGUAUGUGAUCUCUUAGGAUUAAGACAUUGUUAAAACUUGACAUGUGCUGAGCAUCUUUUGCAAAUUGGGCCGUGGCCCUAAAAGGGAAUCCUCUGAUGGCGGGCAGGAGCACGGGAGUUAUUUUGGCAGGUGCCGGCACGACUUCACUCUUUCAGGACUUUUUUUUUGUCCCAAAUAAAUAGUUUUGUAAUACUGACGUGACCAUGUAAUCAUCCCAACCAAAUUUCUGAAGAACCUCUGAGACCAAAGCAUAGACGGGAGUUAGAGGCUGGGUAAAACGACAGUUGUGCCAAAGUCAGAUCUGACCUACAGCGUUUCAGGCUCAUCGUCCUUUAGGGCACGGGGUUCCCAGCCACUCGGCCACGCAUCUGCGUCUGCGGGGCGGCGGCGCUGCUCUGGAUGCAGAGGACAUGUCCGCAGCCACUGGACUGCCCGGGCCACAGCUGCUCCCUUUAAGGGCAGAGGCGGCGGGAAGCUCCCCAGGCGUCCCAGCGAGGUGUCGGCUUUCUUGCCUGUAACCCACCAGGGGGCAGCAAGCUGCCUUCACUUAUAGAGUAAAAACGCCUGCCAACUAGCUUCUCACUCGACGUUUUACAGUUGAAGCCCCUUGUCGUGCCCGCAGGCCCGCGCUGUUUCAUAGCCUGCUGAGGUGUGCCCGGCACCGCCGGUGGGACCAAGCAGCGUGGGCAGAGCUGACCUCUUGAACGCGCCCAUUCCUCCUCUUGACUUUCGACACAGCCACAUGGGUUUCCGUGAUUCCUAGUGGCUCCGGUCUGCCUGCCUCUCGUCGCUGUGUCACAGGGUUGACCUCC